GCAGCGCACUGCAUGCCAGGCUUUAUCACAGCAUCUGCUGAGCUGAGGCUCGUGACUAGACUCCAGGACGCUGGACAGGUCUCAGAGCAGAGAAAUUCUGCCACUGCAGCAUGAGUGAAAGAAAAAUGGAACGCAGUCCAGCAAUAGGCUUUUAGUCCCUAGAUCUACUACUGGCAUUUUUGUCCUCGUGCAGUGUUGGAGAAAACUUACUUCUGUGUUGUUUUUAGUCGCUGUUGGUCGUCCGUUCGGCCUCGACUGAGCUGUGGCCACUGUAGGGUGGUUGACGAGGGUCUUUCCAGUCCUCUAGUUUCUCGUUGGAAGGCUCCUGUGCGGAAUAUUUUUGCGGACGGAGCGAAACGAGUGGCUGCUAUCUGUAGUGCAGCAUCGUCAGUGAACCUGUUGGCCUAGCCCGUUGCAGUUAUGUCGUCGUCGUCGCCGUCGUUCCAGGAUCACCUGGAGAAGGCCAUGGACAACUACCGUCAGGUGGAGAAAGAGGUGCAAAGGUUGUCAUCAGAAGUUCGGAAACUGGAGGAGGAGAAGGGCGAAAUGACGCGCCAGUGUGUACUGUAUGCGGAAAUGCUCAAUGCACUGAACCUGGAGAAGGCCACACAUAUGGAAAUCAGCAAGCGUCUAGAGGGCAUUAUUCAAGCUAAUAUUUCGGCAUUUCCACAAGAACACCAGCAAGGACUAAUGGAGACGGUGUCGCGCGCCAAGCAGGUCGACUCCAGAGAGCUCUACAUACACAUGCAGUCUCAAGCCGUACCGUCGGCAGCGCUAGGCCAGCAGCAGCAGCCGUACGCAGUACCGGUGCCCGGCAAUGGUGUCAUGUACGUACCGCCUGGUGCUCAUGCCAUGCCUCCACAUGGCGCCAUGGUUACGCAGGCACCGCGCUAUGCAGGAGAGCAAGUAGCACCAGGCCAUGGCGGUCGAGAGGAGUACGUUAAUGAUAGCCGCGAGAUCUCCAGUCGUUCGAAACGUGACAGAAAGCGCAAACAUAACGAUCAUAGUGAUCGCAAUGAGGCUGAGGAGGAUAUGGAUGAGGGAGCAAAGAGCAGUGAGUCUGGCCAUCAUGCGAAUGGCGUGCGCACCAACACAUCAGCUAGUCCUCAUGGCAGUGGUCGGGACUCCAGGCCGGCGUCGGAACGCGAUCAGCGAGAUGGCAAACGCAAGUCGGGUCACGACAGCUCGUCGUCCGUCGGCGUAACGUCCGCGCCGAAGCCGUCACACUCGCAAAACAACGUACAGCAGUCGACCGCGCCAGCGCCAGCAGCAGCGGCCCCGGGUCAAGCACAGCCGAUGCACCUUGUGUCCACCACGCGACCGCCAGCAACUGUGGUUCCUGCAGCAGCCGGUGGAGCAGCAGUGCCCGCGCAGCCAGUCGUCAGCGCCGAUGGGCAAAUCGUCUACGCCAACGGUCCACAGAUGACUCAGGUCUACACCAUACCACCCGGCAUGCGACCGCCGUUCAUGCCACAGCAUAUGCAGGUGAUACCACAGCCGUACACACCGGGUGCUGCAGGUGAUAUGUCGGGAACAGCUGCAGCGGCAGCAGCGGCAGCAGCAGCAGCCGGCUACCCAGCACAGCCCGCAGCACCCCCGGGUGCUUACUACCAGAUACCGGCUGGCUUUCCACGGCCACCGUUCGACCCCAGCCAAGCAAGAUCCGUUGCAAUCUCUCUACCCCAGCAGUCGGCAGCCGUAACUCAACCACCGAUGUCAGCACCGGCUGUGGCUGCACCUGCAGCUGCGGCACCGCAGGUAGCACAGGCCGCUCCAGUCAAACAGCCUAUUACCUAUCGCUAUCAUGAACAGACUGCAAGUGUAAUAGCACCGCAAGCUGAUUUCUACAGCCAGUCCGGCAUGCCACGCAGUCACAAGACCAUCAGCACAUUACAUCAUAAUGAUGUCGUCUGCGCGGUCAGCAUAGACUCUAAAUCACGGCGAGUCUUCACCGGUGGGAGGGGUAAAGUGAAAGUGUGGAACUUUGAGCACGCCAACCCGGAGCAUCCCUUGUCACAGUUCGACAUUCUGGAUGAAAGCUACAUCAGAUCUUGCAAGAUGCUACCCGACGGAAAGACAAUGAUCGUUGGUGGAGAGUCUACUAAACUUGCUAUCUAUGACAUUGAGGGAAUGAGACCAGUCGGUGAACUGGUAGCCAGCGCCCCGGCAUGCUACGCAGUGGCUACAUCUGCGGAUGGCAUGGUGGUUUACAGCUGCUGCAGUAAUGGACAGAUAGUCAUGUGGGACAUGCGUACACGGAAGGUUAUACAGCAACUUCCUGGCCAUUCUGAUGGCGCCAGUUGUCUAGACCUUGCCAAGGAUGGUACUCGGCUAGUCACGGGAGGACUGGAUAGUAAAGUACGCCUUUGGGACACGCGACAGAUGACGGAGAUGAAGUGUUACAAGUUCGACUCGCAGGUCUUCUCCAUUGGCUACACGAGUAUGUCGGAGAAUGCUGAGAAAUACUUUGCCGUCGGUUUGGAGAACAGCACCAUUGAGCUGUUCAACAUCAACCGGUCGGAUCGCUACGUGUCGCACUUGCACGAGGAUUCGGUGUUGUCACUCAAGUUUGCUGCGUCCGGGAAGUGGUUCGUCACCACAAGCAAGGAUACGAAGCUUGGCGUAUGGGGAAUGCCCUAUGGCGCCAAUUUGUUCCAUAGCAAGGACUAUCGUAGCAUACUAUGCUGCGAUGUGUCGGCGGAUGACAAGUACAUCAUAACCGGAUCAGGACAUAAUCGAGCAAUCCUCUAUGAGGUGGUCUACAACUAACUGUCAGAUAGUGGCGGAUUAGGUUACCUUGGAGCCAGCAUUCAGCGAACCCUUGCGGCUGUCUGUCUUGAUGCCACAUCCCAAGUGAUGGUGUGCCGUCGUGAUACCAAGCGCCACUGAUGGUGUCCUCCAGUAGGCCAGAGACGUUUCCUUGAUUGUGGCGCGACCCACUGCUACGGCCAGUACCUACAGCUGACAAGGAUCUUGAGAAUUUCUGUUGUUGGUGGUCUUCACCUAGGUGUGUGUGUGUGUGUGUGUCUGUUUCUGUGUCUGUUUGUGUGCAUGUAUGUGUGUGUGUGUGUGUAUUUUGCAUGUUUGUGUGCUUGUCUGUCAGUCAGUCUAUCUGACUGAGGUCACCAACUAACUACUAGUGUUUGUCUGUCUGUUUGUUUAUUUUCGGUUUCUGUCUAUUUGUCAAUGUAUUCACGGUUGUAUUGGCGACCUCUUCUAUACUCCCACCGGAUGCUAUUUUUGGUUGAUCUGAAGCGAAUAUUUUCUUUAUUGCGUACUUAGGUGAACGUUUGUUUCGCGUGCUUGAAAAUUGCUUGAAUUUCGUCUUCUUUUUGUUGCCUUUCGUUGUUGAUGCCCAUUACCCCACAAUGGCUGUGGUGCUUACCUGAAAUCAUCAAUUCCUUCCCCCAACACGUUUUUGAUCCUGGCCAGAGGUUUUCCGCACUUCAUUGACCCGUGAAGAGGCGGCUUGGUUAUUACAGCCAUUUCCCCGUGAACAACUCUUGCCGGCACCUGGCAGGGUCGCCUUGUAGGUGCCUGAAGCGGCAGUUGUUUCACAGCCGUAUCGCUCUCCUCCAGUUGCGUAAGCUACCAACCGAGAUCAGUGUUCCACUGUGGUCAGUGUAUUCAAAGAAUCGGAUCCCCUACCGGGCCGUGCCGCUCUACUGUCGUGCCAUCCAGCCCCAUGCCCGGGAACAGUUCUGACUGACAAGAUAAUAGUGUCCCCAGUGUGUUUGUGCUCCUCCUCUACAACUCUACCUCAACUUUAUGAUUUCUAGUAUUUGCAGUAACUAUGUUCUGCUGUUGAGAGGCAUUUUUUUCAAUUGCUGCCAUUGGCCAAUCUUUCAGUAACAAUUUUCAAUAUCGUCUCGAGUUUUGGUUGACUAUUCAAUAGCUUUUUUGGGCUGCUUUACCGAUUUUUUUGUCUUGAUGUUUUCGAUUUCUGCUGAUGGAAAGUAUUGAUUUUUUACCUGCUGUUUUUUUAGAACAUUACAAAUGUGACUACAUUUCUAUCUUCGCCUUGCUA